UCUUUUUUCUUUUUGGCUACGACAUUAAUGUCCAAUAUCCUCUUCGGUGUUCGGUCUUCCCACUCCCAGCUCAACGGGAACCCACCCCAAGACCCCUAUUUUACAUCUAAACCUUCAAAACGCCCAUUAAUGGCGCUCAAAACCCUCUCCUCCAUUCUAUCUCCUCUCUCUUUCCCCUACAAUCCCACCCUUUUUAGUUCCAAGCUUCCCAAACUCCACUCAAAGCGUUCUCUCGUCCUCUGUAGAUUAUCGCACCCACAACAGGGCUACAAUAACUCACCCAUUUCUAAGGUCGAUUUAUCGGACCCUACUCCCGGACCUGACGGAACCGGCGCCGCCGCUCCGACACCGGGCGACCGCUUUCUGGAAAGACAUCGCUCAAUUGAGGCUGCGAAGCUUGUUAAGAAAGAGAAUAAGAAGAAGAAGAAGAAAGAGAAGCCAUUUAAGGUCUCUACUGCUGUAGCUUCUUGUUAUGGCUGUGGAGCUCCGUUGCAGACCUCGGAGCUUGAUGCUCCGGGUUACGUGGAUGCAGAUACAUAUGCAUUGAAGAAGAAACACCGCCAGCUUAGAAGUGUUCUUUGUGGAAGGUGUAAGCUUCUGUCCCAUGGACACAUGAUAACCGCUGUUGGCGGAAAUGGAGGUUAUUCUGGCGGGAAACAAUUCAUCACAGCUGAUCAGCUCAGAGAGAAGUUAUCUCACUUGCGUUAUGAGAAAGCCCUGAUUGUUAAAUUGGUUGAUAUCGUGGACUUCAAUGGUAGCUUUUUAGCUCAUGUUCGUGAUUUGGCUGGUGCACAUCCUAUUAUAUUAGUUGUUACAAAGAUUGAUCUUCUUCCAAAAGGAACCAAUUUAAACUGCCUUGGUGAUUGGGUUGUAGAGGCUACAACAAAGAAGAAGCUUAAUGUUUUAAGUGUUCAUCUUACAAGUUCAAAGUCUUUGGUUGGGAUAACUGGAGUAGCAUCAGAAAUUCAAAGGGAGAAGAAGGGUCGGGAUGUUUACAUUCUGGGUGCUGCUAACGUUGGGAAAUCAGCAUUUAUCACUGCUUUGCUGAAAUUGAUGGGGGAAAAGGACCCAGUUGCUGCAGCAGCACAAAAAUAUAAACCGAUACAGUCUGCUGUUCCUGGAACCACAUUAGGUCCCAUUCAGAUUAAUGCUUUCCUAAGUGGAGGGAAGUUAUAUGACACGCCUGGAGUUCAUCUCCACCAUAGGCAAGCGGCAGUGGUUCAUUCAGAAGAUUUGCCAGUCCUUGCUCCUCGGAGUCGAAUCAGGGGUCAAAUAUUUCCUGUUCAAUCAGAAAAUGGUACUGCAGUGAACAAUAUGGCCAAUCUCUUGAACGGUCAAUCAUUAUUUUGGGGAGGUCUUGUCAGAAUAGACAUAUUAAAGGUUCUUCCAGAAACACGCUUAAUAUUUUACGGACCCAAGAGUCUUCAGAUUCACACAGUAUCGACUGACGAGGCAGAUGAAUUUUACCAGAAAGAAGUUGGAGGUCUGCUGACACCUCCAACAGGAGAACGAGUAGAAGAAUGGCGAGGACUUGAAAUAGUGCGUGAAUUACGAUUAAAUUUUGAAGAUGUAGAAAGGCCUGCUUGUGAUGUUGCUAUAUCAGGCCUAGGAUGGUUUAGGUUGGAGCCUAAGAGCAAAAUGGUCAGCAAUUCAGACUCAAGCUCAGAAAAAACCGCAGGCGAACUUCAUAUAGUAGUCCAUGUUCCGAGACCAGUCGAGAUAUUUGUAAGGCCCCCAUUACCUGUUGGGAAGUCUGGGGAAGAUUGGUACCAGUACCGGGAAUUGACAGAGAAAGAGGCAGAAACAAGACCAAAGUGGAAUUUUUGAUGAUUGGUGAGUCGUGUUUCACAUGUGUGUAUAUACACAUAUACCCUACAAUUCAUUCUGUGAAAAAAGUGAUCGACCUUGAGGUCUUUUGAGUUUUGAGGAUAAUUAUAAUUGCGGAAUUACAGCUAUGGUCUUGUCGAUAACAAAGAUUUUUUUUAUUGCAUCCGUAUAUAUGUUUAGUAAUUUUGUAAUUUGAUUGUAUAUUUAACCAAGUAUUUUCUGUAAGUAACACUUGUUACACAUAUUAUAAUAAGGAUAAGCUAAUAAAAUUGCUAUUCAAAAUCUCAAAACAAA